UCUUUCCCUACACGUAAUAAACAUCAGCCAUCGAGUGACCGAAGCGAUUCUCUGUCAUCCGGUCAUUCAUGCUGAAAGUGGUUAAAAUGGAAUCCAAAAACUAAAAGGUUUACCGAGAAAGAUACUUGGGUAGUAAAGGGUGUUAAUUAAAAAAAAAAAGGAAAGAAAAGCUGAACCCAACAUUUAUGAAAUUUCUCACAUUGAGAUCGAGAUACGUCCUCGCGCGGCAGGAGUUUUAACGUGCCCGGUCUGCCGUCUGUAUCUGAUAAUCAUUAACACCCAAGACUGAUUUCCCCUAAUCCCUCCAACCAAUCCAUAACAAAUAAUCCAUAAAACUCUUACCCCUAUUUAGUCUCUUUUCCAAGCGAAUCUCCCCUUUUUUUCUUAAUUAAUAUAUUUAUAUCAUCCGGUAAUUGGGUAUUCAAGAAAGGUGGUGGUUAGGGUUUGUGAGAGUAUUGGUGAUGUGAGAAAGAGAGAGAAACAGUGAGGGAGAGGUAGAGAGAGAUAUGGUUCGGGACGGGGAGGUGGUACCGGUGGACCCCGGUGUGGCGGUGGUGGCGAAGAAGAAGAGCCAGACGGUGGCUCGGAGCUGGAUACUGAUGGACUGCACGGGGGAAGGGGAGGUCCUGGACGUGGACAAGUACGCCAUCAUGCACCGCGUCCACAUCCACGCCCGCGAUCUCCGCAUCCUCGACCCCUUGUUGUCCUACCCCUCUACCAUCCUUGGCCGUGAAAAGGCCAUUGUUCUUAACUUGGAGCAUAUCAAGGCAAUUAUCACAGCCGAAGAGGUACUGCUUCGGGAUCCAACCGAUGAAUAUGUUAUCCCUGUCGUUGAGGAACUUCAUAGGCGCUUGCCUCCUGUCAAUGUCAUUCGCCAAGGUCAAGUCAACAUAAAAGAGUACCCGGGUGGGCAAAAUGACAUGGAAGCCAGUGAAGAAGAUGAGUCCCCUUUUGAAUUCCGGGCCCUGGAGGUAGCUUUGGAGGCUAUUUGUAGUUUCCUUGCUGCACGUACAACGGAAUUGGAGAGUGCUGCUUAUCCUGCACUUGAUGAUCUUACCUCUAAGAUUAGUAGUCGUAACUUGGACAGGGUUCGUAAAUUGAAGAGUGCAAUGACGAGGUUGACUGCUCGGGUCCAAAAGGUUAGAGAUGAACUUGAACAACUACUUGAUGAUGACGACGACAUGGCUGACCUUUACUUGUCAAGAAAGUUGGCCGGUGGAUCUUCACCAGUUAGUGGCUCUGGCGCUGCCAAUUGGUUUUCUGCCUCUCCUACCAUAGGCUCAAAGAUAUCCAGAGCAAGCAGAGCAAGUGUGGCAACACUUCGUGGAGAUGAGAAUGAUGUUGAGGAGCUUGAAAUGUUAUUGGAGGCUUACUUCAUGCAAAUUGAUGGCACAUUGAACAGAUUAACCACUCUGCGAGAAUACAUUGAUGAUACAGAAGAUUACAUCAACAUUCAGCUUGACAAUCAUCGAAAUCAGCUGAUUCAGUUGGAGCUCUUUCUAAGUUCUGGAACUGUUUGUGUAUCCAUCUUUUCUUUGGUGACCGCAAUAUUUGGCAUGAAUAUCCCGUAUACUUGGAAUGAUAACCAUGGAUUCAUGUUUAAAUGGGUGGUCAUUGUCACUGGAAUCGGUUGUUCUCUUCUGUUUCUACUAAUUGUUUAUUAUUCUCACCGCAAGGGACUGAUUGGUUCUUAGAAUCCAAACCAACACAUCAAGUGUUCCUGCUGUAAAGGAGUCUCGAGCUUGAACACCAUGACUUUCUUUUCAUAUGCAGUAUCCUGAACUAAUUGCUUUUUCUCUGUCUGUCUCUCUCUGUGGAGGGAACUUUCGACCAGCAUCGCUCGCCUGUGGCAGCAGUGUUUUAAUGCCAAGGAAGCAUGGCGAGUUCACUAAAUUAUCAACAAUCUGAUUUAUUGGUUUUAAGAACCAACUCAUUUAAGUGUAAAAACAGUCGCCAGAAUAAUUUCUUGUUUCAAUUUUGAUUCACAAUUCUUCUUA